UGCUGUGGAUUUAUGGGGGUCCAAUGACUGACUAGGUCAAAGGGUCUAGCAGUGAAGGCUACACAACGUGAUAUCGUAAAAAAAGACAAGAGGGCACACUUUGCUGAAUCUACCUCACUGGAAGCGCAUACCUUUUAAAAAGUCCGUCAAGUCCCUCUUGCGCUUCUGCAGCCAUGGCCAGGCGUAAAGCAAAGAAGCCGCAGCUAGACGACACCUCCAUAUUGUUGGAAUCAUCAGCAGCACCUCAGUCCAGGAGAAGGCUGAACUCCAACACCUCCUCAGCAUUGUUGUUCAUAAUUAUCUUCGUGGUCGGAGUGUGCAUGAUGGGGUGGUUUUGUGUUCAACAACAGCAGAGUAUCGACCAACUAUCAGAGUCUUACACAACGAUGCAAAGGAGAAUCACAAACUUCCAGCAGGUGGUGGACACGGACGAACAGAUUGAUACAGGUUUGGAUGUAGAGGAGAGGAUCUUCGCCCUGGAGGAGGCUCAUAAACAGGCUCAGGAGAAGGCUGAGGUUGCCCAGGCCACAUCAGAGAAGUUGAAAAACUCGGACCUGUUCUCGCAGAUCUUGGACCUCCAUGAUGAGAUGGACACCCGAGUAGCUGUGAUAAACCAGAUCUCCCUCUCUGUCACAACUCUCCAGACCUUAUUCAAGAACCAGAGUGAGGAGUUUGAGGCCGUGAAAGGAAGUGUCGUGGCUGGUUUGAGCUCCAGCUCUGAGCUUUCUGAAAAUGUGGCUGGGCUGACUAACGCUGUGGCCACUGCAUGCUCCAGAGUAGACCAGCAGGUUGCAUCUGUGGACGCUCUUAGUGAAACGAUAGAGGGACAAGUAUCAGAGCUGGAUGGCCUGAAAGAAUUAAUGGAUAUUCAUAAAGUUUCACUUCAUACAAACAACCAGGAGAUGGCUGCAAUAAAGGAGCUUAUCAAAGCCGAGCAGGCCAUGCGGACUCAGGCAUUACAAGAGAUGGUCAAUGCGGUGCAGAUGACUCUGGAUGAGCAGUUUUUCACAUCACAGACACUCCACAGCAGUGUGAUGGCUCAGCUGCAGACUUUUCACAACCAGCUGGCCCAUGCUCCUUCUUUGUCUUUGAAAAUGGAGUCAGAUGAGGAGAGCGGUGCAGUCGAAGAGCUUCUCUCCACCACAGCACAGAAUGCUACUGAAGAGCAGGAAAACUCAAAGGAUGCUGAGGAAGAGGUCGAGCAGCAGGAUGCAGAAGAUGAAGCUGAUGAUGAGACACAGAAUGAGGAGGAAAUUCAGGAAGAACAGCCUCUGGAACAGGAGUUGGUGAGGGACGUUGCAGAGCCCCAGGAGGAAGAAGAAACCACAGAGGAGGAAGAGGAAACAACAACAACAACAGAAGAGCGAGAGGAGGUGAACACGACAAGCCAGAGUGGGGAGCAGGGAGAGGCUGAAGAGCCAGCAGAAGAGGAGGUCACAGAGGAGACGGUAGAUGAUCACGUUUUAGAGGAAUCAUUAGAUGAGGAGGAGGAAUUUGAAGCAGAAGUUGUGGACAGCUUAGAGACAUUAGAGGAAGAGUCUGCAGAAUUGAAUACUGGUGUGUUUUUGGACGAGAAUGAGGAGGACGAGUAGUGUUACUAGAAGGUCUGCAGUAGUUCACAGGUUAUUUUUAAAGUCUUAUUUAGAUAAACGGAAACCUUUUGUACUUACAGUAUCUAUUCUUAGAUGAAUGCAAGUAGCUGACUGAGCCAUAUUUGUAUUCCAACUGUAGCCUAUCUGAGGUAUGGGUAGUAUCAGAUAAUCAGUCCUUUGGGCAAGAAAAAGUAAGAAUUUCCAAGAAUGUGAUACAUACUUAAAGUGCUUCAAUAAUUAAUUUUAAUGGGAAUUCCAGCUUCUUAUCAUCUAAACGUAUAGCUUAUAAAUAUUGUCUGUCUCUUUUUUUUUAACUCAGCAGGACAUCUGAGGAUGUCAUUGACCAUUUUUUUUUUAAAUAAACCCGACAACUACUUGAUUAAUCAACAAAAACUGA